AUGACUAUGACGCCAUUUUUACUUGAAUGUGUUCUCUUUAUUUUCCAGAGACUACGGACCGAGAAUCGUCUACUACGACAACGAAUCGACUAUCUGGAAGCUGAAUCAGCUGCACUUGCUGAUCGGCUUGUUAAGGGUCAGAAGCACUUUAUGGAGUUAUCUUGCUCACGUCAUGGUGAAAUGUUGGAUGCGGCUGUUCAAGUGGACGAUACGAGUAUGAUCGAACACAUUCAUUCACUUCAACAAGAACUCAUCGAGAGUCACAAUCGUCAGGCAGAUCAUGAGAACACAAUAAGGGAAUGCAAAAUUCGUAUAUCGGAACUUGAAGCAGCGAAUAAACGGUUACGCGAACAUGAGCCAUUUGAAGGUAUUGCUGGUUUACAAGAAGAAUUAAUCUCAGUGAAAAUGCGUGAAGCUGAAAGUAAUCUGGCUAAGUACGUGCAUAUGAGAGCAUUUGAUCCGGCAUCGGCUUCAAUUGAGAGCGAAACUGCAUCCACUGACUCAAUCACUACACCAUCUCUAAAUUCUGCACGGUUUGUUGUUUCAUAUUCUCAUGUUUCCAUACCUACUGUAAGCCUCGCGAAAUUGGCAAAGAUCACUGCUUCGAUAAUCGGUGGAGCGUCAGAUGGGGAUGAUGGCUGUAUAACUGUAAGAGAGUUAGAAGACCAGCUGAUGGGUGUUCGUAUUAAAGAAGCUGACAAUUUGGCUGAACUUAAAGAAAUGCGUCAAAAGGUAAUGGAACUGGAAACACAAAACCAUGUGUGUACUAAUCAACUCCGGCGGCAAGAUGAUGAGAUGAAACGAGUUCGGGAGGAAAUUGAGGCCGUGCAAAAGAUGAGACGUGAGUUGGAAAUGUCGUUAAGACAAGAACGACAGCGGUGUGUGCAGAGGGAAUCCGAACUUAAUGAGCAAUGCAUCAUGGAACGACUGAAAUAUUCAGAAGCAAUGCAAUCCGUUCAAGAACUGAGGCAGACAAUCACUCAGCUUGAACUGAAGAAGGCUGAAGGAUGGACACAAAAUCAGCUUCGAGGUUCUUCUGUGUGUGAAGUUGACGACGAUUCUACUUCACAUUUAUCAAUGGGAUCCAACGGUGACGUGUUUUCAUUAGGAUCCGAAGAUUUGAAUGCGUUAGUGGCUGACAUGACAGUAAAGGUUCCUGUACUUGAUGAAGAAGGAUCGAACACCGAAACUGAAGAUCACCGACCGAAGGAAGUAUACAAUGGAAACGCGACUGGAGAUUCCGGUGUGCACAAUUCAUAG